AUGACUCAUAAGCAGUUGAAACCCAGCCCAGGGCAGGAUCGGAACUACAAGUCGAAAACUAUUAGCAAUGUUGAACAUCACUCCGACGACCGUCCGCGGCGCAGUCUUCUGUUAAGUUGUGAAGAUGUGGAGCGCAUGGCUGUGGAGAGUUCCAGAGCUCGACUCAUGAUGCAGCUGGUGAGUGAACCUAAUGAGACCUCUCGGGAAUUUGGAUCAUAUUUUUCAAAUUGCCGAGGAUUAAAAGAUGAAUCGGAUCCCUUCCACACGAUGACAUCCCAUACUUCGACAAUACCGAUCCCUAAACGAAUAAUCCCCACGUAUCCUUCCAUGGUUCAAGCUAUCAGGUGGUGUCCCAAGAUAGAACGAAGUAAAUCAACUUAUUCUGCAGAUAGCAUGACUGACUCUGGAGAUGACGACGCGAAUUUUAAAUGCAGAUGUCGGAAAUGUAAAAUGAGACACUGUCGCGGCAAAGUUAACUCUAACAGUAAACCGAAGUGUUUUAAAGAUAAUAUAGUGAUAUUUACCGACAACAGUACAAUGACACCUCACGUACAGGACACGGGUUGUGGUUCACACAGUCCGAUAGCUCCGACCUCGGCCACCUCCGACGUAUCGAUAGGAACCUCAGAAUCCAUUCCUAUAGAACAUGAUUUCUCUCAAACCUAUCGAGCCGCUCCAAUACCCAUUUUAAAGAAACCCCAAGUGAACAGAACAAUGCGCGAGUCAGUUAGAGAUACUAAAAUCAUGAUUCCUAAAAAACCUACUAAGAUAUUUAAAAAAAGAAGCGAGGGAUUAAUCUGUCCCAACAACAGCGAUGAGUCUAGUGGAUUUGAAUACGGUCGGAAAGUUAUUUACAAUGAGGGUAUUAGUGAUUCAUUAAAAAGUGGCCAAUCACGUCGCAGUACCCCGACAAGGAGUCCAGCGAGGACUCCAUCUAGAACUCCGACCAGGACACCUACAAGGGUCCAGUCACCGGUGAGAGUAAAACGUAACGAAAGUAAAUCCUCUGUUGGCAGUAAGGUCGCGGACAAGGAAGCCACAAUACCGUUCGCUCACAGGGAACGCUCUCGAUAUCACUCCGAUUGCAGACAUUCAAUCUCUAAAACCUAUCGCUGUGAAAUCGAUGAUCAUUUACAAGGAACCAAGAGCCCGAAAGACUUCAGGAAAACUGUAACGAGUGACGCGUCGAGACGCUCUCCGUCCCCUCCCAUACAACUCCCGAAGAGAGUGUUGACGUCUGAAAGAGACAUCGAGGCGUUCGUUGACAAACGGAAAACUAAUAAUGUUCGACGACGAUUGUUGUUUUAG